AUGGCGACCGUUGCCGAGAGACGGGGGCGCUAUGAGACAUCUAUAGGUAACCACACCCUACCCUACAGGGAGCGCUACAGGGGAGUCUACAGGGGGCGCUAUGGGGAGGGCAGGUCUAUAGGCAGCUCCACAGUGGCCUAUUUGGGGGCCUAUGGAACAUCUAGAGAUGACUACAGAGGAGCCCGCUGCACCCCGCAGGUGCUGUGCCUGCUGACCCUGAUCUGCUUCGGGGCGUCGCGCUCGGGCUACGCGGGGCUGGCGGCGGUGGAGCUGGUGUUCGCCGCGCUGGUGCUGCUGGCCUGGUCUCUGAGGGGUCCCAUCUGUGCCCCCCAGGAUUUUAUGCGCUGCCUCAUCGGGGCUCUGCUCUUCCUCAUCACCUCCCUCAUCGUCAUCGUCGGCCACCGGGACGGCGCCGGCAUCGCAGGAGGGGUGUUUGGGAUCCUGGCCGGGGUCCUCCUGGGAUACGACGCCUUCAUCACCCUCCCCACACGGCAGGGCCACACUGCCGCCCCCACUGAGUCCCCAGACGGUGCCUGAACAACCCCACAACCCAGCAGAGACCUGCCCAAACCUCCCCCGCAGGGCGACCCCCAGCCUUAAAUUAUUGAGGGGUCCCGACGCUGGGUCCCCCGGGGGGGACAGGGGGAGAUCUGGGGGUCCCUCAGGGCUUCCCCUUCCCCAAACGCCUUCGCAAGUGCCUUGACCUGCCCGUGCCUCAGUUUCCCCCUGGGGAGACCCCCCCCUUCCCCCCAAGGUUAAAGGUGCCCUGGCCCCUCACGGGGUUUGGGGUGCCCGCCUCAGUUUCUGGGGUGUCUCCGUUAAUUUUUGGGGUGCUCCCCCUCCUUUCCCCCAGCCCGCGGGAGGCUUUGGGGGCGAUACAUUGGGGAAUAAAGGGUUUUUAUUACUGCA